GCUGCUCCUACUACAACCACAGCAGCUCCAACUACAACCACAGCUCCUCCAACUACAACCACAGCAGCUCCAACUACAACCACAGCUGCUCCUACUACAACCACAGCAGCUCCAACUACAACCACAACUGCUCCCACUACAACCACAGCAGCUCCAACAACAACCACAGCUGCUCCAACUACACCCACAACUGCUCCUACUACAACCACAUCUGCUCCUACUACAACCACAGCUGCUCUAACUACAACCACAGCACCUCCAACUACAACCACAGCAGCACCAACUACAACCACAGCAGCUCCAACCACAACGACAACUGCUGCAACCACAACCACAGCUGCUCCUACUACAACCACAGCAGCUCCAACUACAACCACAGCUGCUCCAACUACAACCACAGCACCUCCAACUACAACCACAGCAGCUCAAACAACAACCACAACUGCUGCAACCACAACCACAGCUGCUCCUACUACAACCACAACAGCUCCAACUACAACCACAGCUGCUCCUACUACAACCACAGCUGCUCCAACUACAACCACAGCAGCGCCAACUACAACCACAACAGCUCCAACUACAACCACAGCACCUCCAACUACAACCACAGCAGCUCCAACUACAACCACAGCUGCUCCUACUACAACCACAACUGCUCCAACUACAACCACAGCAGCUCCAACUACAACCACAGCUCCUCCAACUACAACCACAGCAGCUCCAACUACAACCACAGCUUCUCCUACUACAACCACAGCAGCUCCAACUACAACCACAACUGCUCCCACUACAACCACAGCAGCUCCAACAACAACCACAGCUGCUCCAACUACACCCACAACUGCUCCUACUACAACCACAUCUGCUACUACUACAACCACAGCAGCUCCAACUACAACCACAACUGCUCCUACUACAACCACAACUGCUCCAACUACAAACACAGCAGCUCCAACUACAACCACAGCUGCUCCUACUACGACCACAGCAGCUCCAACUACAACCACAACUGCUCCCACUACAACCACAGCAGCUGCAACAACAACCACAGCUGCUCCAACUACACCCACAACUGCUCCUACUACAACCACAUCUGCUCCUACUACAACCACAGCAGCUCCAACUACAACCACAACUGCUCCUACUACAACCACAACUGCUCCA